AUACUUUCUCGUUACGAGAAACAACAGUGACGUGCAAAAAUAAUAGUGAAAAAUGCCGCAAUUUCACAAGAUCGAGAUCAACAACAGGACGGAAUGGGAGGUACCGGAGCGAUAUCAAUUGCUCACUCCCGUAGGUUCAGGCGCUUAUGGCCAAGUCUGUUCAGCUGUUGACACAACUACUGAGCAAAAAGUGGCAAUUAAAAAAUUAGCUAGGCCAUUUCAAUCAGCUGUACAUGCAAAAACGCACAUAUAGGGAGUUACGUAUGCUAAACACAUGAAUCAUGAAAAUGUAAUAGGUUUGUUAGAUGUAUUUCAUCCUUCUUCGUCUUUAGAAGAUUUUCAGCACGUAUACCUAGUCACACAUCUAAUGGGUGCUGACCUAAACAAUAUUGUCAGAACACAAAAACUUUCUGAUGAUCAUGUACAAUUUCUUGUCUAUCAAAUACUUCGUGGCUUAAAGUACAUCCACUCUGCAGGAAUUAUACAUAGAGAUUUGAAACCAUCUAACAUAGCGGUCAAUGAGGAUUGUGAGUUGAAAAUAUUGGACUUUGGCUUAGCUAGACCAGCAGAAAAUGAAAUGACUGGUUAUGUUGCCACUAGGUGGUAUAGAGCACCCGAAAUUAUGCUUAAUUGGAUGCAUUACAAUCAAACAGUCGAUAUUUGGUCAGUAGGAUGUAUUAUGGCAGAGCUGCUAACUGGAAGAACACUAUUUCCUGGAACAGAUCAUAUUCACCAACUGAACUUAAUUAUGGAAAUUUUGGGUACUCCACGAGACGAGUUUAUGAAAAAAAUAUCGUCAGAAUCGGCCAGAAAUUAUAUUCAGAGUUUACCACCACAAGAAAAAAAUUUUAAAGAUGUAUUUCGUGGAGCUAAUCCUUUAGCUAUUGAUUUGUUGGAAUUGAUGUUGGAAUUGGAUGCAGAGAAAAGGAUCACUGCAGAACAAGCUUUAGCACAUCCAUAUCUUGCACAAUACGCAGAUCCAACUGAUGAACCUGUUUCUUUACCAUAUGAUCAAAGUUUCGAGGAUAUGGACCUACCAGUAGAAAAAUGGAAAGAACUUGUUUAUCAUGAAGUUGUAAACUUUGUUCCACAACAGCUAUCCACGUUAUCUUCAACAAUUGAAACGACUUCGUAAGAAUACAUUUAUAGCGCCAGUAAUUUAAACACAGUAAGUUAUGAUAUAGAAAUUAACACAGAACAAAUAUUGCGAAUAAGAUAUAUAUAUAUGAAAUUGUUAUAUAUAAAAUCACAAUGUACAUAAUUUAUAGACAUAACAUACCAUUAGUUAUUCGAGUUUAUCUAUCUAGAGGAUAGAAUGUAUAUUUUUGUUGAAAGAGAAACAACACAUUUAUUGCUUAAUUGCUUUUAAUUCGGUUGUUAAUUGAAAUCGAUUUAUCAAUAAUGUCUGUUCUUAUACAAUAUGUUUGUUUAUAAAUCUUUUUAGUUACUUUAUCAGAUAUUAUUUCUUCUAGUGUAGAAAGAGAAAUAUAAAAUUAAUAUACACUUAAUAAUUAAUUUAUCAUAAAUAUAUAUAAUUCAAUAUAUCAAAUAUAAAUUAUGAUAAACUUGCCAUAUGAUACAGUAAAUUAUGUAGUAUUAAA